AUGGAUGUCGGCUAUUUAAACUCAGAAAAAGUCGUAAUUCAAGGGUUCAACCAACACAGUCAAAAGGCCCUCGGGUCUAUUACCCUCCCGAUAAGAUUUGGGAAGUUGCAAACUGAGGCAAAAUUUUAUGUUAUCAAUGCAGAUACUUCCUAUAAGGCAUUGUUAGGAAGGCCUUGGUUGCAUAAAUAUCACAUAGUUCCGUCUACCCUUCAUCAGUGCCUGAAAUAUAUAAAAGAUGGGGAGGAAUAUAGAAUUGAUGGUGAUAUUCGGCCAUUUGGAGUUCAUGAAAUUCGAUAUGAAGAUGCAAGAUAUUUUAUAGAAUUAGAAGAUACAGAAGAAAAUCGUAGCAUAUCGAGAGAACAAUCCUCUAAAGAGAAGAAACUUGUAGACGAAAUCAAGAGGGAGUCAACGGUGCCGUAUUUCGGAAGUGACUCGGAUAGCUCCAAUCUCGAUGAAGAUGAGUUAUGUUGGGCUAUGAAGCUUCUUUCAAACAAUUGGAAUACCCUCGAAGUUGAAAACUCGUCAGAAGACGAACAUCACUUUACAGCUUAUGUCAGGGCUGAUAGAAUGAUUGCAAAAGCCUCUGACCUGGUGGAAGAUACAUUGACAAUUCUCAAGGUUCCUGAAGAAUGCCACAGACUUAUUCCUGCAAGACAGGUUUCUGUUGUAGACCAUUUAAAAACUUUCUUUGUCCCACCAAAGAUAGAAGAUGUUGAAGGAAGGAGGACAGUAAAAAGAGGAAUCCUUUUUUAUAAAUCAGACGAUAAAAAAUCCACUGAUGUUAUCAGACCGGAGGAUUAUGAUGAUGAUAUAUACGAGGAUAUAGAAAUCCCGAAUUAUUUUUCAGCUAGCUUGAUAAAGAUGAUACACAAAUUAGGUUGUCCCACAAGGAGGUCUUGGGCCAAUCACAAAUUCUUCGAACGAAUGUGGAAUCCACCGCAAAGAAGAUCCACACUCCCAAAUGGCAAAUCUAGCAAUACCAGAGGCCUAGGGUAUUACAGAAGUUCCACUUAUCAAGAUAUCUAUACCUGUAAUGUGAUCAAUGCGAAUGCGGAUAUUGCUGAACAUCUGGUCGAUGAACAAAAAUCUCUUGAACCAAAAGAUGCACCUCAGGAGCUUGAAGAUGGGGGACAAGCAACUGUAGAUGAACUUCUCGAGAUAAAUUUGGGGACGGAAGAAGACCCCAGACCCACUUAUAUAAGUGCACUGCUCCCAGAAGAGGAACAAGAGAAGCUAAAGACAUUGCUGACAGAGUUUAAAGACUGCUUUGCAUGGAGUUAUAAAGAAAUGCCGGGCCUUAAUCCAGAAGUGGCUGUUCACAAGCUAGCUAUAGAUUCUCAAGCUCAUCCAGUCAAACAAGCUCCUAGGAGGAUGAGGGUGGAUCUGGAAGAGCAAAUAAUUGCGGAAACCAAAAAGCUCAUUGAGGCAGGCUUUAUAAGGGAGGAGAAAUAUGCUAACUGGAUCGCUAGUAUUGUCCCGGUCAAGAAGAAGAAUGGCCAAAUUCGUAUAUGCGUCGAUUUUCGGGAUUUAAAUAAAGCUUGUCCAAAAGAUGAUUUUCCGCUGCCAAUAACGGAACUGAUGAUUGACAAUACCUCGAGUUGCGAGCUAUUCUCGUUUAUGGAUGGUUCCUCAGGAUAUAAUCAAAUCAAGAUGGCGCCAGAAGACGAGAAACACACUGCAUUCAGAACCCCUAUUGGAAUAUAUUGUUAUAAAGUUAUGCCUUUCGGCCUCAAAAAUGCCGGAGCUACAUAUCAGCGGGCAAUGACUAGAAUAUUCGAUGAUCUACUCCACAAGACAGUGGAGUGCUAUGUCGAUGAUUUGGUUGUGAAAACGAAGAACAAAGAAAAUCACUUCCAAGAUCUAACCACUGUCUUCACCCGAUUGAGAGAACACCAGUUAAAAAUGAAUCCGCUCAAAUGUGCAUUCGGAGUCGUCUCUGGCAAAUUUUUAGGGUUCAUUGUCCGGCAUCGGGGAGUAGAAAUCGAUCCUUCGAAAAUCAAAGCUAUUGUGGAGAUGCCUCCUCCAAAGAAUUUAAAACAACUUCGAUCCUUUCAGGGAAGAUUAGCAUAUAUCAGAAGAUUUAUUUCAAAUCUCUCUGGUAGGGUCAAACCUUUCUCCAAACUAGUAAAGAAGGAUGCACCAUUCGUCUGGGACACAGAAUGCCAAACAGCUUUCGAAGGCAUAAAAGAGUACGUAAUGAGUCCACCAGUACUCGCCGCCCUGAUACACGGCAAACCCUUGAUAUUAUACACAGCAGCUCUCGACGGAUCACUGGGAGCACUUUUGGCGCAAAAUAAUGAAGAAGGAAAAGAACAAGCUCUAUACUACCUCAGCAGGAUGUUGGAGGGGGCAGAAAAUUCAUAUUCACAAAUAGAAAAGCAUUGCUUAGCUCUUAUAUUUGCUGUCAAGAAGCUGAGGCAUUAUAUGCUCGAGCACAAAAUUUAUUUAGUGUCAAAAGUUAACCCGCUCAAAUUUUUAAUGACAAGACCCGUUUUAACUGGCAGGCUAGCGAAAUGGACAGUUAUCCUUCUAGAAUUUGAUAUCACCUACACGCCACAAAAGGCUGUUAAGGGGCAAGCACUCGCUGAUUUUUUAGCAGCACAUCCAGUAUCUAGCGGUUCACUUUUGGUGUGUGAUCUACCAGAUGAAGAGGUGUUACUUGUUGAGGAUGAACAACCAUACUGGGACAUGUAUUUCGAUGGAGCAUCUUCUAUCCAACCUGCAUAUAGCCCGAGUAUUCCGCAAGUAAGGGUGGGUGUUGGUCUAAUUUUUGUGACGCCUGAGAGAGGAAUCUUGCGAUACUCUCUAGCGCUUUCUGAGCCUCGUACAAAUAAUGAAGCUGAAUAUGAAGCCUUAAUUGCGGGAUUAGAAAUAGCCAUCUUCAUGAAUAUACAACGGCUACACAUCUAUGGGGACUCUCAACUGAUCAUUAAUCAAGUGACGGGCGAAUAUAAAGUCCACAAGCCAGAAUUAACCAAAUAUCAAAAAAGGGCGCAAGAACUCAUGAAGGAAAUACCAAAUGUCACACUGGAAAGGGUCUCCCGAGCUGUAAACGGGAAAGCGGAUGCCCUAGCUAGAUUGGCUAAAGAGCUAGCUGAUCCCAAUCUUGACGAAGUCCAUGUGACUAUCAAGAAUAGAAUGAUCUUGUCACCUACGGACUUAGAUCUCAAAGAAGAAUCAAAAGAAAUUCAGAAAGCGAAUGCGCUAAAAAUUGAAGUGGAAGACUAUUGGAGGGAGCCUUACCUUAAUUAUUUCAAACACAACGAACUUCCUGAAGAAAAGCCAAAACAAGUUCAGUUGAAGAAGAGGGCGAUGCGAUACGCUUUUGUGAAUGAUACCCCCUAUAGGAGGUCUUAUGAUCAGCUAUGGUUGAGAUGUAUAUCACCAGAGGAAACCAAACAGGUUAUGCAUGAAGUCCAUUCAGGUGUAUGCGGUGCACACCAAUCCGGCCCCAAAAUACGCCUCAAGAUUAAACGCUUGAGCUAUUAUUAA